UGGAGGACAGAAGCAACUGAAUUCCCUGCAAACGGUGGUGUUCCUGGCGCUCGAAUUCCUUUGGACAGAGCAGAUCCCGUGGGUGCUUGGGCUGAAUCCAUCCUCCUGAAUCAUACCUUCCCAACGGUUCCCUAGAAAAAUCUGGAUGUGUAUCGAGAACACUUACUGCCAAUGCAGCUUUCCAGAGCUCGGGAAUCUUCCUAACCAGCUCCCGGGGGCGAGUUGGAAUGGCUGUGAACUUCUCCAGGAAUCAGGCGUGCUGUGGUGGUAAAGAUGAGAUUAUAUGGAGAGGCUUGUUGGAGACAUUAUCGUAGUGCGGACCUCAUCCUUCUUACCUUCCACCUCUGAUCACCUUCGACAGGUAGGGAGAAAUGUGGUGACAUGGGAAAAAUCAUCAAGUAACCUUCCAUGGAGGAAGUUUUAAAGGCACCCCGGCAGAAGGACAGUGUAAUGGUUGCUUUGGAGUUUUCAUAAGGAGUCAUUGUUGGAUGGUCAGCGCUUCCUUGGACAGCGUCAUCCUCUCCGAAAUCUGGCUGCAGGAUUCAACCAGAGUGGUCCCCUGGCAAUGGGAAUCCAACAAGUCCGCCAUGUUUCUUCCUGACCUUGGGCUUGUCUCCGAGCAGUGAGCUCAGGCGCUCUCCUGCAUAGCCUCUGCUGGGAAACCCCCCUCUCCACCAGCGUCCCCUCUCCUCUUCCCCUCCUCGGCCCCCUAUUACCUGGACCACCUGCGGAUGUGCGUGUGAACCAUGUCAAGGCCCAAGGGAUUGUUAUGGCUCCCGUUGUUCUUCACCCCGGUCUGUGUCAUGUUAAACUCCAACGUCCUGCUCUGGAUUACCGCGCUGGCCAUCAAGUUCACCCUGAUCGACAGCCAAGCACAGUAUCCGGUUGUCAACACCAACUACGGCAAAAUCCGGGGCCUAAGAACACCAUUGCCCAAUGAGAUUUUGGGUCCAGUGGAGCAAUACCUGGGGGUGCCCUACGCCUCACCUCCCACUGGAGAGAGGCGGUUCCAGCCCCCAGAACCCCCUUCCUCAUGGACUGGUGUUCGGAACGCCACCCAGUUUGCUGCCGUCUGCCCUCAACACCUGGACGAGAGGUCCCUCCUGCACGAUAUGCUGCCCAUCUGGUUUACCGCCAACCUGGAUACUCUGAUGACCUACGUUCAGGAUCAGAAUGAAGACUGCCUCUACCUGAACAUCUACGUGCCCACGGAAGAUGGAGCGAACACAAAGAAAAUCGCAGAUGAUAUCACCAGUAAUGAGCGUGGUGACGAUGAAGAUAUCCACGACCAGAGCAGCAGGAAGCCGGUCAUGGUCUACAUCCACGGCGGCUCCUACAUGGAGGGGACAGGCAACAUGAUUGACGGCAGCAUCCUGGCCAGCUACGGAAACGUCAUCGUCAUCACCCUCAACUACCGGCUGGGCAUCCUGGGGUUCUUAAGCACCGGGGACCAGGCAGCCAAAGGCAACUACGGGCUCCUAGAUCAGAUCCAGGCCCUGCGGUGGAUCGAGGAGAACGUGGGGGCCUUCGGUGGAGACCCCAAGAGAGUGACCAUCUUCGGCUCAGGGGCCGGAGCCUCCUGCGUGAGCCUGCUGACCUUAUCUCACUACUCAGAAGGUCUGUUCCAGAAGGCCAUCAUCCAGAGCGGCACGGCCCUGUCCAGCUGGGCGGUCAACUACCAGCCGGCCAAGUACACGCGCAUCCUGGCGGACAAGGUGGGCUGCAACAUGCUGGACACCACGGACAUGGUGGACUGUCUGCGCAGCAAGAACCACAAGGAGCUCAUCCAGCAGGCCAUCACCCCCGCCACCUACCACAUCGCCUUCGGGCCGGUCAUCGACGGCGACGUGAUCCCGGACGACCCCCAAAUCCUGAUGGAGCAGGGCGAGUUUCUCAACUAUGACAUCAUGCUGGGCGUCAACCAGGGCGAGGGGCUGAAGUUCGUGGACGGCAUCGUGGACAACGAGGACGGGGUGACCCCCAACGACUUCGACUUCUCCGUGUCCAACUUCGUGGACAACCUGUACGGCUACCCCGAGGGCAAGGACACGCUGCGCGAGACCAUCAAGUUCAUGUACACGGACUGGGCGGACAAGGAGAACCCAGAGACGCGCAGGAAGACCCUGGUGGCCCUCUUCACCGACCACCAGUGGGUGGCCCCGGCCGUGGCCACCGCUGACCUGCACGCCCAGUACGGCUCGCCCACCUACUUCUACGCCUUCUACCACCAUUGCCAGAGCGAGAUGAAGCCCAGCUGGGCAGACUCGGCGCAUGGAGACGAAGUCCCGUACGUGUUCGGCAUCCCCAUGAUCGGGCCCACUGAGCUCUUCAGCUGCAACUUCUCCAAGAAUGACGUGAUGCUGAGCGCUGUGGUCAUGACCUACUGGACCAACUUCGCCAAAACCGGGGACCCCAACCAGCCGGUCCCUCAGGACACCAAGUUCAUCCACACAAAACCCAACCGCUUCGAGGAGGUGGCUUGGGCCAAGUACAACCCCAAGGACCAGCUGUACCUGCACAUCGGUCUCAAGCCCCGAGUGAGGGACCACUACCGAGCCACCAAGGUGGCUUUCUGGUUGGAACUGGUCCCCCAUCUGCACAACUUGAACGAGAUCUUCCAGUACGUCUCCACCACCACCAAAGUGCCCCCACCCGACAUGACCUCCUUUCCCUACGGCACCCGGAGGUCCCCUGCUAAGAUCUGGCCCACCACCAAGCGCCCGGCCAUCACGCCGGCCAACAACCCCAAACACAGCAAGGACUCUCACAAAACGGGGCCCGAGGACACCACGGUGCUGAUCGAGACCAAGCGGGACUACUCCACCGAGCUGAGCGUGACCAUCGCGGUGGGCGCCUCGCUGCUCUUCCUCAACAUCCUGGCCUUCGCCGCCCUCUACUACAAGAAGGACAAGCGGCGCCACGAGACGCACCGGCGCCCCAGCCCGCAGAGGAACACCACCAACGACAUCGCGCACAUCCAGAACGAGGAGAUCAUGUCGCUGCAGAUGAAGCAGCUGGAACAUGACCACGAGUGUGAGUCACUGCAGGCGCACGACACGCUGCGGCUGACCUGCCCGCCGGACUACACGCUCACGCUGCGUAGAUCCCCAGACGACAUCCCACUCAUGACGCCCAACACCAUCACCAUGAUCCCCAACACCCUGACGGGGAUGCAGCCUUUGCACACCUUCAACACCUUCAGCGGGGGACAAAACAGUACGAAUUUACCCCACGGACAUUCCACCACCCGGGUAUAGCUUGCAGGCCCCUCCCCUUUCCCUCCGGCCCGACGUGCGUGCGCCAGGUCGAGAGAGAGAGAGAGGCGCCGGGGAACACGCAUCUCCCCGCCAGGACAGGUUUCCAUCCCACGGAGUUAGGAUUAAAACAAAACAAAAACAAACCAACAACAACAACAAAACAAAAACAAAAACAAAAAAACAAAGGGAAAAAAAAAAAAAAGCAAGACUAAACUCAACACCUAAAA